AUGGGCACCAAGCGCAAAGCGACGAAGCCCGCGGUCGAUUUCACCAAGACCAAGCAAAAGCUCGGCAAGGGCAAGCAGGCGGCGAGCAAUGCCACGGACACGUCGUUCCGCGCCAAGGCCAUUGCGAUGCCGCAGCAGUCGAUCCUGCUCGAUCGGUCACACCAGGUGACGACGCGUCGUCGGCAGACGCUCAAUGAUCUCGUGCAACACACGCAUCAUCCUUCGCCCGGCGUGCGAAAAGACGCCGUCAUGGGCAUGCUCGAGCUCGUGAAAACGUAUGCGGGCUUUCUCGAACUGCACUGCGCAGCCCUGAUCAAUGCCGCCUUGCCACUCCUGGGCGAUGACGACGUGCAUGUUCGAGGUGCGGUGGCGACGUACUUUGGCGUCCUGCUUGACAGGCUUGACGACGAGGCGUUCGCCCCAUUUGCGCCCUCCAUGCUGCUGCUUACGACGUCUGCCAUGUCGCACAUUUCCAUGGCCGUGCGAAUCGAUGCCUUGCGCGUCCUGUCCCUGCUGCUCGACAAGGUGCCUGCUCUUGCCACCGAGGACUGGGAAAGUGCUUUGGACGCCCACAGCGGAUCUGAUAGGCACGGUCAGCGCUUACUGCAGGCGUUUUUUGCGAUGCUGGGCGUCGCGGCCGAUGCACACCGCCAACGCCUGGGUCUGUCGACGGCGUCGACGGCGUCGGUCGAGUUGGGCACGUCGCAGCGACUGCGUAUUCUGCGUGCGCUCGGUCAGUUUUUGUCCGUGACGGACCAAGAGGAACACGGCAUGUGGUGCUUCCAGUCGGCGUUUGCGUCGCCCAGCGAUCUCGAGCACUUUGAGGGCCUGUUUCAGCCCAGCAAGGCAUGUGCGCUGUGGACCGUGGCAGCCAUGCCCAGCGCAUCGUCCUACGAGAUCCACGAAGCUCUCGUACAUGGUGCCACGAGUCAAGAGGCGCCUGUGAGUGCGCAUGAACGCCUCGUACGCAUCUUGCACCCGUCUCUGCUGUCGACGCUACUCGAUGCCCUGCCCAGCGUCAUGUCCCCCGAUGGCCAUCGAUCAGACGCGCACGCCGAGCUGGCUCAGCAUAUCCUGCAAGUAUACCUGCUUCUGUGGCGCAGGACCAUCACGUCGCAUCUGGCCGCUGGUGCCGCGCAAGGCACGACGCGCGUCGCCGUGCCGUCGUUGCCCCAACUGAGCCAGCUUCUGACGCAUCUGGCGCCCUACUUUGCCGAGAAAAGCGAGAUGCUACAUCUCCAUGUCAUCUACUGUGAGCUCGUGGCACUCUACACGGUCGCCACACAAAAGGCACACCACUUGUCGUCUGUCCCCUUCCUCCUCGACCUCCUGUCAGAGCCUUCUCUGUCGCCUGCCCUGUACGAGGCCCUGCUCCCGACGUUCUGGCUCGUCGUAUCCUCACCGAUGGACGGCCACACGGACGUCAUGGCAGCUCUGCUGACCCAUUUCGAUACCCUGCGUGAUCGAACGCUCCAAGCCGCGGCAUUCCGCUUCCUUGCGCGACUCGCUAUGCUGCCGACGUACAAAUCCCUGCAAGCGAACAUCGAUGCACUGUAUACCCCACUGUGGAACACCUGGAUCCUGUCGCUCCCCCGUGUGCUCUGGCAGGCCGCAACGUGGGCCGUCUCGUCCAAGGCCUCACCCGCCGAGGCGCGUGACGCCCAGCGUCUCGUCGAGGACGUCCUCACGUUUCUGCGCUGGAUCGCCCUCAUGCCACGCCACCCGUUCUUUGAUCACGCCCACGUCCUGAACGAGCUGGCUCCCCGCCUCACACCGCUCUUUCACGUCGAGCAUCCCCAACGGGGCCCGAUCCCUGGGCCGUACCAUAAAUGGCCGGUGGCCACGCAGCACUUGGCCCAGGCCCUGACUAAGCUUGUAUCGUCCCCAUAG